AUGUUCCCGCAACUUAUACGCGCUAUUCGUGAGGAUAGUGUUGAUCAUGGAGUUUUUUUUGUUUCUGCUGGGCUGUUUGAAACUGGUGUAGCGCCAUUUUACGAGCUUUUGGGAGAUCAUGAUCGAUCUCGUAGAUCCUUUGAAUGA